UCCAGGCUCCGCCCCCACGUCCGAGUCCCGCCCCAUCAGGCUCUCGAGGCGUCGCGGGACUGGAACUCAGGGAGCAUGUUUUUGGCCCAGGGGAGACUGUGCACCCUUGGCAGUAGACCUAAAUUCCUGAAGACAAUUUGUGCUUCAAAAAUCCUUGGAUUCUCUACUUCUGCUCAAAUGUCUCUGAAAUUCAAAAAUGCAAAACGAAUUGAAGGCCUUGAUAGCAAUGUGUGGAUUGAAUUUACCAAGUUGGCUGCAGACCCCUCUGUUGUGAAUCUUGGCCAAGGCCUUCCAGAUAUAUCCCCUCCUGUAUAUGUAAAGGAAGAAUUAUCAAAGAUUGCAGCAAUUGAUAGUCUGAAUCAGUACACACGGGGCUUUGGUCAUCCAUCACUUGUGAAAGCUCUGUCCUGCCUAUAUGAAAAGUUUUAUCAAAAUCAAAUAAAUCCAAAUAAAGAAAUCCUUGUGACAGUAGGAGCAUAUGGAUCUCUUUUUAAUGCCAUUCAAGGAUUAAUUGAUGAGGGAGAUGAAGUCAUAGUGAUAGUGCCUUUCUAUGACUGCUAUGAGCCCAUGGUGAGAAUGGCUGGAGCAAUACCUGUUUUUAUUCCCCUGAGAUCUAAACUUGUUGAUGGGAAAAAAUGGUCUAGUUCUGACUGGACAUUAGAUCCUCAAGAACUGGCAAGCAAAUUUAAUUCCAAAACCAAAGCUAUAAUACUAAAUACUCCACAUAACCCCCUUGGCAAGGUGUAUACCAAAGAGGAACUCCAAGUAAUCGCUGACCUUUGCAUCAAAUAUGACACACUCUGCAUCAGUGAUGAGGUUUAUGAAUGGCUUGUAUAUACUGGAAAUAAGCAUUUUAAAAUAGCCACUUUUCCAGGUAUGUGGGAGAGAACAAUAACGAUAGGAAGUGCUGGAAAGACUUUCAGUGUAACUGGCUGGAAGCUUGGCUGGUCCAUUGGUCCUAAACAUUUGAUAAAACAUUUACAGACAGUUCAACAAAACACCGUUUAUACUUGUGCGACUCCUUUACAGGAAGCUUUGGCCCAAGCUCUUUGGAUUGACAUCAAGCGCAUGGAUGACCCAGAAUGCUACUUUAAUUCUUUGCCAAAAGAGUUAGAAGUAAAAAGAAACCGGAUGGUACAUUUACUUGAAAGUGUUGGCCUAAAACCCAUAGUUCCUGAUGGGGGAUACUUCAUCAUUGCUGAUGUGUCUUUGCUAGAUACAGACCUUUCUGAUAUGAAGAACAGCAACGAACCUUAUGACUAUAAAUUUGUAAAAUGGAUGACUAAAAAUAAGAAAUUGUCAGCCAUCCCAGUUUCAGCAUUCUGUAAUGCAGAGACCAAAUUACAGUUUGAGAAAUUUGUGCGAUUUUGCUUCAUUAAAAAAGACAGUACACUGGAUGCUGCUGAAGAAAUCAUCAAGGCAUGGAGUAGACAGAAGUUUUGAUACAUGCAGACUGCAUUGUCUCUAUUAAAUGACCUAGUAUGGAAUUAUUUAGUACUGCUACUUGUUGGGUAUUGAAAAAAAAUUUUCAGUACAAAUGAAAUUUAAAGGACUAUUUCCAUUGUUAAUCCCACUCCUGACAAUAUUCAGGAGAUCUGAUUUUUUUUUCAGCUGAAGUGUAUUAAAACACCUUUUAGACCAUUUUAUGAGUCAGUAUAGUACAGUGGUAAGAACUGUGAGAUGCUGGUUGAUGCUUAACCUCCUCUGCGCUUCAGUUUCCUCAUAAAAGGGGAAUAAAAAUAGCACCUACUUUAUAUGAAGUUUGUGAGUUGUUGUUUGUGAGGAUGAAAUGGACUGAUGUAUGUAAAGCCUGGCAAACAAUAAGCACUCAACUACUCUUGGCCAGUUUCACUUCUCUGCCAUUGCGUGAAAACCCUUAACCAGUUACAUCCCCCUCAACUCUGUAUCUUUGCUUUGUCUCUACCCACCUGUAGUUCUCUCCCCUUCACUUACUAACGACUUUGAACUCUGCUCAUAGUUUUGCCUCUCUGUUGCAAGUACUGCCAUCAUCUGGGGUGGCUUCAAGGUCUCCAUGGAUUACCUAGGCUUUUGGUACUUUGACCUCCUCACCUCUGGUGAUAUUCACCUCCACUCCACUCUCCACUUCAGCCACCCACUCCCUUGGGCAUACCCUAAACCUUUCAUCAUUUCAGGCUGUUCCAUCUUUGAGAUAAUAAGUUAGUCAUUUCACACUGUAACCACCUAUUCUUACACAAAGUACCACCCCCGCCCAAUAUUUCCCUCUCUCUCCAUCUCUCUCUCUCUCUGUCUCUCUCUCUCACUCAGCUACUCUCAAAAUAUUACUUUAAACUAUCAUUUCAAAUCCACUAUUUCUCAAAAAUUGGUCCAUGGCCCUCUUACAUCAGAAUCAACUAGGAUCUUUGUUGAAAAUAGAUUUUGGUCUUCACCCCAGACUUACUGAAUAAUAAUUUCAGAAUCUGGCCCUUUCCAGGUGAUUCUUAUUCCCACUAAAGUUUGAAAAUCAUUGCUGUAGUCUGUAGAACCUUCUAUCAGUCUCUUUGUAUCUUCACUCCCUUCCAUAUCCAGGUUAGAUUUCAUCAUCCAUAACUUCAGCCAAGAUACUUUUGCUGCCUUGAAUAACUUGCUCAUUGUUCUAUCUCACCUGCCUGGUCAAAAUAAAUAAAUAAACAACAACUCAUCCCUGGGGUUGAAGCUCCAUGCUUGCAACUGGGCUGCUGAGCACUGCAGCCUAAUUGGGCAGGUUCUAACAACCAUGAAUGCACGUCAUUGACCUUAACUUGACUUAAUUCUUCUGUGUUCCCCUAGUGAGCUUUCUCUACAUUUUACCACAACAGCAAUUCCUAAUAUUCUUCCAUUCUCCAUAGUAAAAAUAUCCAGGCUUCUCCAUUCUCCUAACACCUCAAAGCCCACCACUGCCAGUACUAUUAAAUGACCUAAUUUCCUGCUUCUGUGAAAAACAAAAUUUAAAAAAAUGAAAUAGUAGGAACCACCAGACCAGCACUCCCAGCUGGGAUUCUACCAAUAAGUGAGUCUAUGACAUCUACAUCAGCAUCCAUCCUUUCUUUAUUGCCCCCGGGGCCUGCGGACAGUGGGGAGGAUUGGUGGUUAAGCAGUACUAGGCCCAGCCAUCCAGAAGGAGGCCAGGACCUCAAGAGCCAACUAUUGCAUAGCAAAACAAAUUCCAUGUGAAAAUUGUGCCUGUCCACUCGUGUGGGGGACUUGAUAAAAUUUUCACCAGGGUUUAAAUCCACUCUUUGCAGCCUUGGACUUGUCCAGUGCUAAUCCCACCACCUGUACUGUGGAUCCCAUGUCUUCUUACAUUCUCAGGGACUUGGUUCAGCCUAUUCCCUUAUAUCUUCAGCCUCUACUGGAUCCCUUCCUCAACAGUAAGAUACUUUCAAAUCUCUCCCAUCUUAGAAAAUCCUUUCCCUGAUUCUAUCUACAACCCUAUUAUCUCUUCCUCUUCAGGGCAAAAUUUCUUCCUUCCAUUUUUUUCUCUCUCCCUACUGGCCUCCCUCCAUCCUUCAUUUUUUCCUUUAACAAAUAUUCAUUGAACUCCUAAUAUGUGCCAGGCACUGUCCUAAGAUAUUCAGGCACUUAGGAUGUAUCAGUGAACAAAUGAACCAAAGAUCCCUGCCUUCUAGGACUCUCCUAGAUAGGGGAGAGACAAUAACUAAAUCAUAAACAUAAUGAAAUAUAUUGUAAAACUUAUACAUGGCAAUUGUAUGAAGAAAAGAAGUAAGGCAGGGUAGAGGUUGGAAUGAGAGUUUUAGGGAAGCAAAUUGGAAUUUUAAACAGUGUGGUCAGGUGGGCCUCAUGGAGGGCACAUAGAAGCAGACUUAGAAGAAGAGAGGGAGAGAGCCUUGUGAAGAUCUUAGAGAGGAACAUCCCAGGCAGAAGGAAUAGCCAGUGCAAAGGCUCUACAACAGGAGGGUGUCUUAUGUUUGAUGAAUACCAAAGGUCUGCUGUGGCUGGAUGGAAUAACCAAGGGAUGGAGUAGCAGGUAUUAGGCCAGAGAAGUAACAUAGACCUCAAGGACUGGAGUAAGGAUAAUGGUUUCGUGCUAUCCUAUCCAUACCUUUUUUUUUUGAUAUGUAAAAUAAUGUUUAUUGCAGCAUGGUUUAUAAUUCCUCCAAACUAGGAACAACCAAAAAGACAUGAGACUGGGUACGAGCGCCAAAUAUGUCAGUAUUGGCGACUAAAGGGGACUGAUGACCUAGCUCUGGAUUUUUGAGAAAUUUUACUGCAAAAUGGAAUAACUUGAAAAAGUUUUCCUCAUUUGAUGAUUCCACUUUCUCGCACACAAACACACACUCCUCACUUACCCUCAACCCGCUACAGUCUGGAUUCCAUACCCAUUAUUGUUCUAAGUUCUCUAAUGACCUCCAUGUUCUUAGGUUUAAAGGAAAUGUCUCAGUUCCAUCUGGCUUUACCUCUUAGUAUUUACCACUGCAGGUCGCUUGGGCCUUGCUAAACCCUAAUUUUUUU